GAGAGAGAGGCACGCUGUGGUGGGAGAGGAUAGGGGAGCGAGGCGGGAGAGAAAAAGAAAGAAGAGGGAAGGAGGAGAGGUCUGGACAAGCGGAGGGAACAGGAAUGUCACAGCAAGUUAAGUCCGACGGCAUGCAGCCUCAGCAACAAUCAUUGGAGGCCGGAGGCAGGCAGGUCGAUUGGCAGCCAAGUCGCAGGCCGGAUGAUGGAUCAAAUGGGGAAGCGCAGCGAUGGGCUGAGGCUAGAACAUGACAGCGCUGGGUGUCCUCCGUAUUGUCGGAUCGGAUCUAAUAAUAAUAACGAUGCCAGCGAUCCUGAAACCAGAGUGCAACAAAGCUGUUCGGGCCGGGCGAAGUUGCAACACGGGGGUGAUACAGAGAGACAGCAGGGAGGCAGGCAGAAGUGGUGGUGGUUGCUGUGAUUAUGUAGUUUGGUUGGUUUGGUGGUGGUUGCCAGGUACCAUACAGUGGUACACACACGGUACGGGUACGGUGACCUGGGGUGGGUGUGGGUGGAGUUGGAGGGGAACCGGAGCUGGAGCCGGCUGGAGCUGGAGCUGGAGCUGGAGCUGGAGAGGAGACGGACGGAGAUGGAGAUGGAGAUGGAGAUGACAGGAAAGAUGGGACGAAGGGAAAAGAAAUACUGGGGGGGCGUCGGGAGAAGGAUUCUGGCGCGCGGUAUCA